AUGGACGACACUAAAAAGAAAUUAAGACAACUAAACAAACUUGCUUGGGAAAAAGAAAAAGGAGAGACACCCAAGAACUUGGACAGCAACAUCAAAAAGAACACAGCAUUCAUCAAGAAAUGUAAGACUUCCUUGGGUGCAGACAUGAAGACUCAGUUACUGAAUGACAUCAACAAGUUGACACUCGAGAAAUAUAUUUCAGAAAUCGUUGGAAGUGUGUUGGAAGGUAUGCUCAAGUGUAAAACAAGUGUCGAUGUUUCUGCUUGCGUAGAGGUCAUUUCAGCUUUACACCAACGAUUUCCUGAUACCUUCACUUUGCUCUUGUCUGGUCAAUUGAGCAAAAGCUUGCAACCACCCAACAAGCAAUAUUUGGCCACUCUCUCAGCUGAACAGCGAGAAAAGGAAGAAUCAGCGCGUAUCACAAAACAAAGAACCUACUUGAGAAUCGCCUGUGAACUAUGGCUCGUUGGCGUGCUGCGCUCGGUGAGUGAUGGAAAGUCCGUUCUGGCAGCCAACAUGAACGGAGUCGAGACACAUCGUGAUGGUGUUGCUGGGUUCGUCAAUAACUCAACAAGCUCAACUGUCAGUCAAAGCUCAUCAAAGGAAUCUCAAAAGAAGAAGGAUGAAGGAGGGUUCAUAUAUAAAAUCCUAAAGGAUCUGCUGUCGAAUGAUACAGAUCACCAUGUCAACCUACCACUUGUUGCUUCCUUUUUAAAGAAUUAUGGUCAAACCAUUCUAGGCAUUGUCCCUCGUAAACAAAAGGCCGCAGCAGAACAGCACUCAGAAUCUGUUACUGUCGAUGUUGAUCCUGAAUCAGUUGUCACACCUGAUAUACACGCUCUCUUGAUGUCCUUGAUGCAGGAUUAUUACAAGACCAUAUCGACACAUUUGACCAAGGUACACAAGGCGAUCAAAAAAAUGGAACGCCACAACAAUGAAAUCCUGUUUGCUCGAGGUGAGUUAUCAGAGGAGAACAAGCAGCGAUUCGAAAAAGCAUCCAAGACCUAUGAGAAACUAUUGAGUCAUACUCAAACAUUGGCCGACGCCUUGAAUGAGGAAAUGCCUGAUCUUCCAGAGAAUGAAGCUGUGAACAAACCAUCGUCCGGUAUGGUAUCCAGCAGUGGAAAUGCAUUUCAGCAAAAUGGUGGUGAAAAUGUUGGAGGUCAGGGAGUUUGGGAAGACGACGAUGCCCGCAAGUUUUAUGAGGAUCUACCUGAUCUCAGAAUUCUUGUGCCUGAUGUCUUUUUGGAAGAUCAGCCUGCAAAAAAGAAUGAAGAUCAGGAUAAGGAACAACAACAACCAGAGGAAGAAGAAAUUGUAGAAAAUAGCAAUAACGACGACGUGGAUCCAUUGGAAGAAGCAAUAGAAAAUGUCGAGGAUGCAGCGGGAGAAGAAGAUAGUACGAUGAAGCCAACCCAGGCUGCUCAGUUGGAAGGAUUCUUUGCUCGUUUACCACAAUGUGCUAACCGUGAUUUGAUUGACGCUGCUGUUGUUGAUUUUUGCUACAUGAAUAACAAGAAUGCCAGAAAGAAGCUAGUCAAGACACUUUUGAAAGUUCAAAGACAACGAUUGGAUCUUUUACCCUACUAUUCUCGUUUUAUUGCUAUUUUAAAUAACUAUUUCCCAGAUAUUGGAGAAAUGGUUAUUACGGCAUUGACAUACGAAUUUAAAGGCUUACAGCGAAGAAAGAAUCAAGAUUUGAUUGAAUCUCGAGUGAAGAAUAUUCGUUUCUUAUCUGAAUUAACAAAAUUCAGAGUGACGCCUCCUCACACCAUAUUCUAUGCAUUCAAAGUAGCUCUUGAUGACUUUACAAGCCAUAAUAUCGAUAUAGUAUGUAAUUUACUCGAAUGCUGCGGUCGAUUCUUGCUGAGAUCACCUGAUACGAGCGCACGUAUGAGCAGCAUGUUGGAAACCGUAAUGAGAAAAAAAACUGUACAACAUCUUGACAGCCGUUACUCCCUCAUGGUUGAAAACGCGUACUAUCAAGCGAAUCCACCAGAUAAGCCAGCGGUUCAGAUUAAGGAAAGGACGCCCAUGGAAUUGUAUAUCCGUAAACUGAUUCAUGAAGACUUGUGCAAGAAAUCACUGGAUAAGGUAUUAAAGCAACUACGUAAACUACACUGGGAAGAUGUCAAGAUCCGUCAGCUACUUGUUAGAAUAUUUCAAAAGAUUUGGAAGAUCAAGUUUAGCAAUAUUCAUCUUAUGGCAAUUUUAGCAAGCGGAUUGAACAGAUAUCAUUCGGACUUUGGUGUACAGAUUGUAGACGGUACUAUAGAAGAAAUACGUCUGGGUCUAGAGCAAAACAUCUUUAAGCAUAAUCAGAGACGAAUCGCAGUUGUAAAGUAUUUAGGAGAGUUAUAUAACUAUCGUAUGAUUGAGUCACCCUUGAUCUUUGACACACUUUAUACGAUUGUUACUUUUGGUCAUGAAUAUGGAAGGCCAGCAAGAGAAAGAUUCUGUCCGAUUGAUACACCUAAUGACUUUUUCCGUAUUCGUCUUUGUUGCACGCUGCUUGAUACAUGUGGCAUGUGUUUUGACCGAGGAAGCUCGAAAAAGAAACUUGAUAACUUUUUGGUAUUCUUUCAGAUGUAUGUGCUCAGUAAGUCUAAACCUCCGAUGGAUAUUGACUUUAUGAUUUCGGAUACAUUCGAAAUGCUUCGACCACAACUGACGAUCAUUCCUACCUACGAACAAGCCAACGAAGCAGUAGAUCGUAUGCUGUUGGAACAAUUGAAGAGCAUUCAAGGCACAGAUAAAGUACAGGAGGAUGGAUUUGACGAAAGUGGAGAAGGAUCGGAUACCUCGAGUGUAGAAGAUGAAGAUGAGGAAACAAACCGAUUAGACGAAGAAGAUGAGGAAGGACAGGAUGAACCUCAGAAUGCCCCAGCGGAGACGGAUGAGGAUGACGUGGUUGUACUAAAGAAGAAGCAAGAGCAGAUAUCAAGAGAAGAUGAAGAAGAUUUCGAAAGAGAGUUUAACAAGAUGAUGACAGAUAGUAUUGAAUCACGUAAAUUUGAAAAGAAGACGGCAAUGUUGGAUGUACCUAUUCCUAUGAACCUGAGAGGCUCACUUGAUCGUCGUACAACCGUCAGAGAAAAUGAAAAGCCCGAAACGGGAAAGAUGGCAUUUACCUUGUUGACAAAGAAAGGAAAUCGCCAACAGACCAAGAUUAUGGAAAUUCCUUCUGAUUCUGUCUUGGCAGUGAGCACACGUUCAAAACAAGAAGCAGAACGUGAAGAACAAAAGCAGUUGAAACAGCUGGUGUUGAAUUAUGAAGAAAGAGAAGAAGCAGCUGCGAGACAAGCGGCUGUGGAUGAACGUAAUAGGAUAAAGGGAACCACUCGUGGAAAGAAGGUGCUCUAUGUAGCAGGCGGAGGAAGUUUAGCAGGUGGAGGAUCUACAGGCAAGUCUAAUUGGUAA